AAGGGAUGUUGUAGAUUUUUUUUUUCUUAAAAAAAAGUCUUGGAGUUAAAUAUGUUUUUCUUUUAAUGAUUAUUAAACAAAUAAUUAGUUUUUCUCUAUCUAGUUCUAUCCGUUUACUUUAAGAGGAGAGAGAUAGAGAAAGAUAGAGAGAGAGAGAGAGUAUUUUGUGCUGUGUGUUUUGUCACGAUCAUUGGAUGCACGUGGAAGCCCAGAAGUAUCUCUCUGCCACCUCUCUCUCCUCUUCCUCUUGCCUUCUUCUUUUGUGAAGUUGUGUAAAAUAUGGCUCUUUUAGGGGGUAAUAAAGAUAAGGAGUUGAGGAUUCAUGAAAAUCUGGAUGAGCUUGGGACUGAUUUGGCAGACUAUAUAGCUGAAUUAUCAGAGACGUCAGUGAAGGAGAGGGGUGUCUUUGCUGUGGCCUUAUCUGGUGGUUCUCUCAUUGGCUUAAUGGGAAAACUCUGUGAAGCUCCUUAUAACAAGACUGUAGACUGGACCAAAUGGUAUAUAUUAUGGGCUGAUGAGCGUGUUGUGGCCAAAAACCAUGUUGAUAGCAAUUAUAAACUUGCCAAGGAUGGUCUUUUCUCCAAGGUGCCAAUUGUUCCAAGUCAUGUGAAUUCUAUCAAUGAUUCUGUUUCAGCAGAGGAGGCUGCGAGUGAGUAUGAGUUUGUUAUUCGUCAGUUGGUGAAGUCUCGUGUAAUUGGUGUGUCUGAUACGAGUGACUGUCCCAAGUUUGACCUUGUUCUUCUGGGAAUGGGCUCGGAUGGUCAUGUUGCAUCUCUCUUCCCUAAUCAUUCAGUGCUCGAUGAGAAUAAUGAAUGGGUAACUUUCAUUACAGACUCCCCAAAACCUCCACCCGAGAGGAUCACUUUCACUCUACCGGUCAUCAACUCAGCAUCCAAUGUGGCUAUAGUUGUGACUGGCGAAAACAAAGCGGAAGCUGCACAUUUGGCAAUUGAUGAUGUUGGACCAGAUUGCAUAGUGGUACCUGCAAGGAUGGUGCAGCCAACAAAAGGGAAGCUGGUGUGGUUUUUGGAUAAGCCAGCUGCCUCAAAACUUGAGGGUUUUCAAUUUUCUGACUAGGUAGGUUCGACCUCUACAUGCCCAAAUGUAUGUUUGUAUUUAGUGGAGGGAUUUGAUGCUUUUGCUUCAUUUUCUUUUUCAUUAGUUCCCUUAUUUUGUUAUUUUGUUUAUGGGUUAAAAUCUUUUUUUUUUUUCCCUUAGUCUUCCUUUUCUCUUUCUCUUCUCAUCUUUUUCUGUAGGAAGUUGGAGAAGUGUGACCAUCCUUUUUGUAACUAGAGAGGUUAAUAAAAAUAGAAAAGCUUUUCUUCUCCCUA